UUCACUCAGUCGCCGCUACGCUGCGCUACCGUAGUGUGUGUGUACUCUCGCUUCGCGGUGUCUUUCGUCGUCAGUGCCCAGCUGUGAAACUAGUGUCGGUCAUUGUCGUGAGUCUAGACAAUACCUCACAGCAAGUGACCGCCCACACUUGUGCUUGCAGUGGGGACAUGUGCUUGUGCUAGUGGUUCAGCACGAAUGAUGUCGUUUUACCUCGCUAGCGGCAGUAUGCCGGGCCUCUUCGAGUGGUGUAUUUUCGGCGGUCUCGUUUAUUGGCUGUUCAAUGAAAGAUUGCGCGCCAUGGUGGACGUGCUCUCCACUCGUAUGCAAGAGGUCUACACACGAUGGGAAACACGUGGUGUGCCCACACCUCACAGUCUACGUACCGUAUCCCUCAAGCCCAGCACACCACGCACUCGUAGCAAGGAACUACUCCGCACUGCCUCAGACAGGCAACUAUUCAAGAUAAAGGAGACAGAAUGGAGUCAGCUGCCAGACAGACAACCUCGUCCCUUCAUGGGGAUGAGCUGUGCCUCCUGCACCCCCAGCAGUCGGAGUGCUCAUGUGGACAAGAACUACCGCAAUGUCAGUGUGGUGGACGUACUGCAAGUGGAGAAACUUGGCACUCAUCCUCAAACUCUUCUCGCUAAGAUAUUUCCGCAACUGUACCACGCUUUAUCCUUCAAAAAGUUUCACUUCCCAUACAUCUAUGAGACCGUGCUAAAUGACCCCAAGAUCCAAGACGUCAUCAAUAUGUCAACACGUCAGGCUCUGGAAGACAGCAACGCUGAUGAUGACCCAGCCUUGUUUGCUGCGAUGCUCAAACGACAACAUGAGCGAGCAGUCAAAAUAUUAACAGCUCUGAGAUCUACCUUCUCAGAUGUUAUUCUCAGACUGGCAUCGUACGUGAUGAACAAGGUUAUGGGCCGUCUGUUCUCGCGUGUGGUGGUGCAUCCCGCUCAGAUUGCCACCCUGCGUAAAGCCAGUGAUUCGCAGCUUCCUCUCAUCUUUCUGCCGCUGCACCGUUCUCACCUUGACUACAUUGUUAUAACUUUCAUCCUGGCAAACAACAACAUCCAGAGUCCCCUUGUUGCUGCUGGGGAAAACUUACGUAUCCCUGUGUUUGGUUGGCUGCUGAGAGGACUAGGAGCUUUCUUCAUCAAACGGCGCAUGGAUCCCACCAAGGGCAAGAAGGACACACUGUACAGAGCCCUGCUUCAUACAUACAUGAUGCAGAGUCUGGGAGCAGGCCACAACUUUGAGUUCUUCAUAGAGGGCGGUCGGACUCGCACAGGCAAACCUUGCAUGCCCAAAGGAGGAUUACUGAGUGUGUUUGUGGAUGCGUACAUGGAUGGUACAAUAGAGGACGCUCUGUUGGUACCGGUCAGCAUAAACUAUGAACGAAUCGUAGAUGGUAACUUUGUCCGUGAGCAGACCGGCCAACCCAAGGAAAUGGAGACAUUCCGUUCAGCUGUGAGCAGCAUCUGGUCAGCUCUCACAUCUCACUACGGUAUCAUGCGGGUCGACUUCAACCAGCCUUUCAGUCUCAGGGAAUUGGUGAGCACAUUCCAGAGCAAGAUUGCCCCCAAAACUAACAAGAAGAAAAUCUUGCAUAGUGUUCCAUCGACGGCCUCACUGUAUGGAACAGAUGUGGUGGUGGAGGAGCACAGGCAGCUGGUGGACAGCAUCGCUAGGCACGUAGUAUAUGACUGUUGCCGGUCAACAGCAGUGAUGUCCACGAAUGCUGUAAGUUUCCUGCUCCUGAAUGUGUUCCGAGAGGGUGCCCCCAUAGAAUCAAUUGCCGAGGCCCUGGACAGGCUGAGGGAGCAGCUCAGUUACACAGAUAGAGACUGCGGUUUUGUCGGAGAUUCCGUGGAUGUGAUUAAUCAUGCCAUCGACGUGUUGGGGCCUGGUCUCGUGAGGAGAGAGAGAACUGGUAGUGGCGUUGUUGUCACACCUGUUACUAUCCUGCCUAAUGUUAUAGAGCUACAAUACUACAGCAACGGACUCAUGCCACACUUUGUGUUGGAAGCUGUAAUAGGUACCUGUAUCAAGUGCCUGUUGAAGGAAAGUUCAACAGGAGUCGUCUACCAGGGCCAGCUAAUGUCCAAGUGUGUGGAGCUCUGUGAGGUGAUGCAGUACGAGUUCAUCUUCACAAAGACUUGCCAGACUCUGGAAACUGCCAUCAGUGAAGUGAUAGAAUCCUUCCUCACUGCAGAAAUCCUUCUACCUCAACAGAAAGCCAUGUUGACAGAAGAACAAGAAUGGAGCCAAAGGUUUGCCAGGCACAUAGAAAAUAAUGACGAAUAUGAGGAGGAUUUAGUGAUCAGCAAUCGACUGGAGGACCUAGGUCCAGAAUAUAAGGUAAACACUGACAAUGAUCUGCAAAGACUGUACUCAGUGAUGCUGCAACCGUUCAUUGAUGUUUACACAACAACAGUACAGAAUCUGCACAGGCUCGAGAACAGACAGGUACCAGAGAGACAACUUAUAGAAGAUGUACUUGGUGACAUCAGGACCAGACUGGAGACAGGCAAUUUAACAUGUAAUGAGAGUGUGUCAGUGGACACUAUACGGAACGUCCUGAAGCUGGUGGAGAAGUGGGAGGUGGUGGAGUGUCACAACCAGGACAGGAUAAAACUGUACUACCUGGGGCAACACUAUGAGGAUGAGGGUUUGUUGGCUCCAAUAGUACAACGGAUACAACAGUUCCAGUAGCUACCUUGUGCCAUUCAGAAUGUUAUGGUCUCAUAGAUUUUAUUUGCUGUGAAAUGAGACUAUUUCCACUACAUGGAAUUAAAACCGGUGACAUUGAAUUUGAAAAUCUAGCAAUAUUCAUUUAUUGUUGGAUUGUUAUCAAGUAGUUAAACAAUUGUUAUGAGAUUUUGUUCUUGUCAAUAUUCUUUACUGUGUACAGAAUUUGUUAAAAAAUUGUGGUUGUAACAUUCCUAUCAUGAGAAACAAUAUUGUAGACUAUAAAGUAUAAUGUAUUUUCUCUGACAAAAUGUGCAUAUGAAUGUUUAAUUGAAGAAAGGUUCAUAAUAUUAACAAUAAACUAGUUUUAUCUCCUGUCAUGUACAUUACUUUUUAAAUCAUCAUAAGGUAGUUUGUUCUUAUCUAAAGCCUUGUUUUAAAUUACCCAAAUAUUACUUUCUUAUGUUUUUGGCACUAUUAGUUUAAUAUACACUAGUCACACAAGAUACAAUUCUAUGCUAUGCUUUGCAAUGAAACAAUCUUGUUAGUAAAAAAAUAAUUUAAUAUUAAUCUCUGAAACUUAAUCUGCAGACUUAGUACUAAAUUGUCCACCUAAAUGAAGUGCUCAAAAUUGUCAGUGUUAUUAGGACUAAACUUUCCUUAUUGUGUUCUAAAUUAAAUGUAAUUGAGAUCAAAAAACAAUAUUUUGUUGCUGUGAUUGUCAGUUAGAAAAAUAAUCAAUUAAGCUGUGAUAUACAAACUGUUCUUCUCAAUAGAUUUAAUUGAUUUUCAUAUUUUAUUUCGUUAUAGUACACACUUUCUCUAACUAUUUCACUUCAUUAAUAUUGUUAUCAGUUCUUAUCUAUCAAAAUGGUUUACACUCCUUCUCACAUGUAUAGAUAUCUGUAAAUAUAAAGCCUUAGUGGCAAAGCCAAAGUUUACCAAGUCACUUUUUCAGUUGAGGUUAGACUUAUAGUUGUAGUUGUGUAUAGUACAGUAAAAGAAUACUCUAUUCCAUUUGUACAGGAGGCCAAAUAAAUCUAAGAGUUGUUCCAGUUCACUCGCACUGUUGAUCUUGUGAUAGUGGAUCACAAGACUCAGUUGGAACCGAUUUUGAGUUAAAAGGUCCAUUCUGAGAAUGGCUUGGCAGUUACCAUGUGUUCUCGUCAUUUAUGUUAUAUGAGAUAGUUUUUAUCAUAUCAACUUAUCUGAUUGAUGUUAGAGGAAACUAUACAGUCUUUGAUUCUUUGUAAUGGUUCACAUUUAUCUUUUUUUACAUGAAUGAGUGUUUUUAAGCAUUUUUAUGAUUAGUUUUGUUUUCUUACUUUGAAAUUAAUAUUAAUUUAAUGUUUUAACAUUCAUAUACGAUUUGUACAUCAUUGAAAGCAUUUCACGUGUGACUUACUUUACAAUUUGUGUAUACAUACAAAAAAUAUCGUUCAAAUCUCACUAUUUUUCAUAGAUAGGUAGUUAUUUUGCUCAAUCAAAUUGGUUGUAAAGCUCAUUCAUUUGCUGGUAGACCGAUUAUAACUUAAAUAUAAAUUAUUUCCCUAAAUUUACUUGAGACUUGUUUUUUCGAACGGUACAUAAAAUGUUCAUUAUUGUUCCUAACAAAUAAAACAUUUCAUAUAUUAUUUCAAUCCGUCCCAGUUACUCAGUGUUUCCAAUAAUAUCAAAUGAUGCCUUAUUGUUGUAUAUGUUAUAUUUUGAAAGACAAGACACGCCUUAUCCUUCAAGAAAGGAAAAUGACAGGUUAACUGUGCAAUUAAUCACGUUAACAAUAUAUAAUAAAAACGGUUUAGUAUAAUAUGAGCAAUUACUUAAAAUUCUGAUAUCCACAGCACCGAUGUUGUUCUGUACUGCCCAGUGCAUCUGUACAGCAAUAUCAGUGUUAACCAUCGAAGCUGUGCAUUAAAAGUGUACAGCUUCAUUUUGUUCUGAUACUGAUAAUAUACAAGUAUUUAGAAAAACAUUAAUAAUAUUUUGACAAAAUAUAUUAUUUUAUGGCAUACCUUUUAGACCAAUUGAAUUUUAUACCUAACCACACAUUAAAAAUGAAAAACGGAUAAGUUGUGUUAAGUCUAAUGUCUUUAGUGGCAACAUGUUAUUGUACAGUGUAUAUAAAUAAAUAAGUAGACUUAACUUUGUUGUUAUUUACAAGCAAUAUUUUGUAGUACAGAAAUGCUGUUUAUUUUUAAAAUACUCAACUAUUUGUUUCUUUAAAUAAAAUUGUUUAGUAUUUUA